CGCAGCGCCACCGCUGCGACAGCAGCCGCGGGUUCGACAUUCGAAGUCGGGCGAUGCUUUAGAGUUCCGGUGACUGGCGGCCAUGAGGACAAACCCUGUGUGACGAGAACGACCGCAAAGAGAGCCAUGGACGCCUCGUCUAUGCGCGACUCGACGGACACGACCGACUCGGAGGACCGGAACGGAUUGAGCGAUGACAGUAGCUGCGACGAGCCGUGUUCGCCGCCCCCGUGCUCGGGUUUCGGGCGCGUCUCCUCCUCGACCUCGGGAAGCUCGUCGUCGCACCGCAGGCCGCGCAAGGCCACCCGGCGCAUGUUCACCAACAGCGCUGCGCCUUCCCCUGGCGGCCUCCGUCGCUCUCUCGUUCCACGCAGCCGCGAGCGAUGGCGUCAGCAGAACGUGAACGGCGCGUUCGCCGACCUGCGCCGCCUGGUGCCCACCCACCCACCGGACAAGAAGCUCAGCAAGAACGAGAUCCUGCGCCUGGCCAUCCGCUACAUACGGCUGCUCAGCUCGAUACUGGACUACCAGCGACGACGAGACCAGCAACUGUGCUGCACCGCCGCGGGCGCCGCAGGGGGCGCUGGCAACGGCAUACACGCCAGGGACGCCAACCUGCUCCUGUUGUGCUCGGUGCGCGUGAAGCAGGAGCCGCCGGAUGACACGGCAAACGGUCCCACACCUCCCAGCUCGCCGGCGUCUAGUCUGAGCAGCAUGGCCGAACCGUGAAUAGGCCUAGCCGUCUUGGGAACAUAGAAGAAUGCGCGUGCGGAUGUUUGCACAUUUAGCGACGUUGUGGUACUGAUGUCAACAUACUUUUGUAUAUAAACCUCGAUAGUGGCAUUGCGAAAAACUGCCGCGCCUUCAGAUACCAACUUCCAAUUGUGUUCACGCGCACAGCGCACGCGCAGUAAUGUGAGAAGGGCUCGCGAAUUGCUUCCAAGGUUAUCACAGCCUCUUAAGUAGAUUGGUUGGUCCGUUCAUGCAGCCAAUCACAAGCCUCGCUCAGGGGCUUGCCGGCAUAUUAUGGACUACUAGAGCAUAAGUAACAUCCUCCCUCCCCUACACCCCAUCUCUUAAAAAAAAAAAGCAAAGAAACAGCGGCGCGACUAAUGGCCUCACUUCGUGAGCUCAUAUAGACAUAUCCACACCGAUAUACUUCUGUCACAGUGUGAGCACAGUAUCGCGGCCAUGUGCAACGCGCUUUGACGUGAUGUAUGCAGUGCAAUAUAGCGUGUUACGUAUUUCUUUUAAUUGCCGAUCGACUGAAACAGCAAAGCGCUUCGCCAAAGCUAGCUUCUCCGCAACGUUAAGACACUUGGGGAGAAGCCUACUUUAAUAAUGUCCUUCACUUUUCAUUUACCGCAUUACUCGGUGUAUACGGUCAGCUACGACAUGGAAAGAAAAAAAAAACGAAACGAACAAAGACUCGUCCACCGUGCAGAGUCGAACCUUAGACAUCCGCUCCGAGAGUGGUGCGCAGAUCGCACACAGGGACAACUCGCAACCUGCAUUCGCAAAGGGAGUCUAACAAGUGGCUACGGAUCGCGUGAAAUGUUCCAAACCGGCCCAUGCCCGACGACUGCAACACCCAGUAAGUCAACUAGCGGGGUAAUCAUGUUAGAGAACACAUUGAAGCACUAGUCUCGGAAAAGAAGAUAAGGCUCGGGAGUUUGCUGUUUACACACGAGCUCUGAAGAUAUAGGGCGUCGCCAGCUCUGUACAAUACAGUCAUGACGUACAAUACAGUCAUUAUUGAGAAAUGUCUACUUGUGCUUAAGCCCUAACCUUCGGUACGCGCAUGUGCUUCACGCGCGUCUGCGGGGCUGCAAGAGUGGCGUUUCAACGGGACAGAUGUUACUUGUUUCCAAGAAAUAAA